AUGGCGUCUUCCAGAAUUGUCACCCGCUCUUCGCGAGCUCUUGUCUCGCUCCAGCGCACCCAAUGUCGUGCUUUCAGCAUCGCCCCACUCCGCAAUGGCGAGUUUGAUGCGCUCAACAAGCGCACAAACGACACCUCGGAAACCUACCGCAAGUACCAGAUUGAGAAGCCUCUGAACCCGCACUUGACCAACUCGACCUCGACCAUUGCCAACAAGAUGCCCUCUGUUGGUAAAGACUCUGCCCCACCUGAGUUGAUUACUCAGGUGGACGACAAGUUUGCGCCAAAGGACUCUUCACCCGAAAACACCGAGCGCAUGACUGGUGGCACACAGAGUAGCAAGGCUCAAGAUGUGAGUGGAACCAACAGCGAGCUGGGUGUCGGCGAGAUGGAAGGCGCCAAGUUCAAGGUUGAGCCAUUGAAGCGGACGGGCGAGGACGCGAACACGAUGCACCAGAGCCGCAAAAGGGGAACACUAGAGAGCGACCUCCUGCUCAGCACCUUCGCCGAUACUCAUCUCGCCACCAUGUCUCCUUCUCUCAUGCAGCAAUACGACACUUUCCUUGACGAAAACGAUUGGGAUAUUUACUACUGGGCGACGCAAGAACCUACUCCCACAUCGCACGAGACAGCCGAGGGGGGUGGUUCGACCUUGUCUACCUCCAACGCACAGGGCUUGGAUGCGGCAACGCAGACCAAGUUGCCAGAAAAGGACGAGCGCAAGAGGGAUCCUGGAGAGGGCGAAUGGGCGCAGACUGUGGGAACUUUCAAGCCUGCGUACAGACCUGUUCCCACCAGGUGGAAGGGCAGUGAGAUUCUAAGUCUACUCAGGAAGCAUGUCAAUGAAAGGAAGGCAGGCGGCGUGAUUGAAGGCGAAGGCCAAAAGCAGCAGGAAGGCAAAGGUUUGGGUAUGAUGCCUGAAGUCAAGAACUUUGACCAGUAA